ACUAUCUGCAAACUCCUGCAGGCCCCCAUUAUAGUCAAUAGGACCGGAGCAGUAGUCUGAGGGAACGCGUGCACCAGCGGCAGCACAAAUCCGACAGGCUAUUCACCUGCCUGAAAAGACUGCCGGAGUUACUUGCCGCUAGUGUGAAAGUAGCCUAAACAGUGCAGUCCUAGUUGUAUUGGAGGCCGCUGUGGCUUUGGCACUCCGUCUUAUCCAGUCACAGCUGCCCAUCCCCCAGAGUAAUUCAGUUCUUUGGCUCUAGUGGAAAACCUGAGGAGCCUCCCUGUAAUGCUGCCCCCUGCUGACUGUGCUUGGUACUCAUCUAUAACGUGCACAUCCUAGUAAACCCAACUAUAAAGCAGAGGACUAGAGAUUUCAACUCUACUAAAGGAGGAUGGAUGAAGCCGCGGGAGAUCUAAAACAAGCCCUUCCAAAUGUAGUUGAUUCUCUUCAAGUACAUGUAGAAGUACAUCAAAAAUCAAACAGUUUUAUGUAUUCAUGCUUCAGCACAGCAAAAACAGAAGAUGUCACGGUUCAUGUCAUGCAGUUAUUAAAAAGACACAACGUUGUAUUUGGCGAUUACACCUGGACGGAAUUUGAUGACUCCUUUUUAGUGCAAAAUGUGAACUCUGUGGCUGUUGUAGAUACAGAGCUUAAGCUAAAGGACAGAAAGCCUAUUGACCUUGGAAAAUGCAAUAUAUAUGUUCAUGUAUUUCAACUGAGUGAGGAAGGACCAAGUGCAGAGAAUUUGGAGGAAGAGAAUGAGGAUCUUGUGGCAGCUAACCACUGGCUACUACCUGCUGCUGACUUUCAUAAGCUGUGGGAAAGUCUGAUAUUUGACAGUGAAAUAAAGUCAAAUCUUUUAGAUUAUGUUACAACAACGCUGCUUUUUUCUGACAAAAGUGUAAAUAGCAAUUUGAUUGCAUGGAACAGAGUCGUCCUUUUGCAUGGACCUCCUGGUACUGGGAAAACAUCACUUUGCAAAGCACUGGCUCAGAAGCUGUCCAUCAGAUUGUCAAGCAGAUAUAGAUAUGGCCAACUCAUAGAGAUUAAUAGCCACAGUCUCUUCUCAAAAUGGUUUUCAGAGAGCGGCAAGUUAGUAACCAAGAUGUUUCAGAAGAUUCAUGAAGUCAUAGCUGACAGCGAUGCUCUAGUGUUUGUGUUGAUCGAUGAGGUAGAAAGCCUUACUGCAGCACGAAGUGCUUCUAGAGCAGGCACCGAACCAUCUGAUGCUAUUCGUGUAGUGAAUGCUGUUCUUACACAGAUAGAUCAAAUAAGAAGGUAUCCAAAUGUAGUUAUCUUGACAACUUCCAACAUUACUGAGAAAAUUGAUAUGGCCUUUGUUGACAGAGCAGAUAUAAAACAAUAUAUUGGCCCACCAUCUCCUGCUGCAAUUUUUAACAUUUACAUUUCUUGUAUAGAAGAACUUAUGAAGUGUCAGAUAAUAUACCCCAGACAUCAACUACUUACUUUACGAGACUUGGAAAUGAUUGACUAUGUGGAAAAUAAUGUAUCCAAGCUUAGUUUAUUGCUAAAUGAAAUUUCUAGAAAAAGUGAAGGUCUCAGCGGGAGAGUUCUUAGGAAACUUCCUUUCUUGGCACAUGCACUUUUUAUACAAUCUCCUACAGUUACAAUUGAAACAUUCCUCGAAGCGCUUUCAUUGGCAGUGGAUAAGCAGUUUGAAGAAAGGAAGACCCUCAAGGAGAGCAUUUGAUCUAUUGGAAUAAUCGUUUAAAAGACGCUUUAUCUUUUUUUAAAUUUUUGUUGUAAGAUUUUAUUCUUUUCAAUACAUGUUUGCUUCUGAUUGUUA